AUGCUGGCUAUAACCCUGCCCAACUUAAAGUUAACUAAAACAACAGCUGUGCAAAGCUUGAAUGAAUGCGCCUUCGUUUGCUAUUCAAAUUUCUGUUCUGCCGCCAUUUUUGAAUUGGGACAGCCAGAAUCUCGUUGCCAUCUACAAAUCGGACCGAGCGAGACUUGCAAUAGAAGAGGACAGAGACAUUAUUCCUUCAGAAAUGAGCCUAGAGCUAUUAUUAGUUGUAUCCGAUGCAGCCCUUCAAAACCCGUCACAGUCUCUCACGAUGCCGAACUUCCCCCUCACAUAACCACAACACCCUUAUCUUUUGUUUCAACUACUACUACGACGACUACAACGAAUACAGCCUUCUCUCCCUCUGCUAAACCUUUCAGCACUUUGCCUCCUCCAAUAUUGCCACCGGUAGCUCCGGUUGAUCCAGUGGUUAAUCCAAAUGUUGGGAUUAAAAGAAUUUUUUUAAUUUUAAAAAACCCCUUAAAGGUCCAACAACCAGCUGAACAGCAACCACUAACAAACACAAUUCUUCCUCCUAUCCCUCCCUCAGAUGAAGAGAUGACUACCAUUAGGGUAGAUGAUGAAGCUACUAUUGCAAAAAUGGAAGAAAAUUUGGAUGAAAGGAAGGAAGAAAUCAAGGAAGAGAUUAAGGAAGAGGACGGGAAGAAGAAAAAACUAAAGGAGGAGGAAGAAGAAUUUGUGAAGAGAACAGUUUUGCAAAAAACGGAGAAUGAAGAGAAAAAUACUGUUGACUUGUUAAAUAAUGCAGGGAAGGAAGAGGUAGUAGUUAAGGAAGAGAGUAGUGGAAGAGAUGAGGAGAAACCUAAAAAAUUGUUUAAAUCUGUAUUUUCUUUGGAUUUAUUGGCAGAAAUGCACUCUAGAAGGGGUUGGCACAUUGCGGCACCUUCAAAGGACAAAAUGGCGGUCGAGGUUUCUAAGAAGGAAGAUACCCAAACAAAAUCAGUCAGUGGAAAAGAAAUAAGUAAACUUGAAGAUAAGGAGAAGAAGAGUUUGGAGGGUGAAAAGGAAGGAAAUGAGAAGGAAGACUUUUUCUUUUUGAAGGACAAGAAGGAAGAUAAAAGAGAGAAAGUAAAGGCAGAAGAGACGGUUGAUGAGAAAGAAGGAAGAGGUUUGGGUGAAGGAGAAAAGUUGAAGAAUGAGGAAGAAAAAAGGGGAAGGGAAGAAGAAAAGGAGGAGAUUAAAAAGGAGAAGAUUGGCAAGGAAGAGAAGGGGAAGAGGAAGAAUUCGGAGGACGAAUUGAAGAGCGGUGAAAAAGAUGAAGGAAAGGAUAAGGAAGCAAAGGAGAAGAAAAAAGUGGAAGAUGAAGAGGUAAAAGAAAAGGAUGAAAAGAUGAAAAAGACAAAGGAAGAGAAGGAAGGGGAGUCUAGCGAUGAGAAGCCUCCAAUUAAAAAGCUUAAAAAGGAGGAAGAUGAACUUUUCAAAAGAAAUUUGAAGAUCCAUACAUUGGAUUUAAUUAAAGAAGAGGGAAGAAAAUGGAAAGAAGUUGAAGAUGAGAAAGACAAUCUUGAAGAAAAAGAAUUAAAAAAUAUUUUAUUGAAUGAGAAAGAAGCUAAAAUGGGAGAAAAACAGGAAGAGAGUGAACUUGUUUUGACGACAACAGGAAUGAGUAUUGAUGAGAGAAUUGGAAAAAGUGAAGAUGAAAUAAAGAAGGAUAAAAGGAAGAAGACUAAGGAGGGCUUAUCUGAAGAAGUGUUGAAGGAAGGAAUGGGAGGAGAUGCAAGGGAAAAGAAGGAGAGGAAAGGUGAUAAAAAGGAAGAUGAUAAGAAGAGAGAGGAAGAUGAGGAGGGAAGAUCGGAGGAUAAUGAAAAGAGAGAUAGGAAGGAAAAUAAUAAGAAAAAGAAAAUAAAGGAAGAGAAUGAAGAGGAAGAGAAACUGCCUUCUUUGAAGAUUGGGAAAGGAAAUGUUGAAGAAGAGAAGAAGAGAGAAACGGAAGAGAAACAGACAAAAGACAAUGAAAAAGUGAAGAAGGAAAGUGAUGAUUUGACACUCUUCUCUACUGAUAAUCAGGAAGAGACGAUGGAUAAGAAGACUAAAAUUGAGGAUAGAAAAGAAAGAAAGGAUGCUGGCAGAGAAAAAGUUGAAGAAGAAAAGAGUGAGGAAGUAAAAAAUGUUAAGGAUGAAAAAAUAAGACAGGAUAAGGAUGUUGGAAAGAAAGAGAUGAAGGAGGAAAGGAUAAAAGAUGACGAUAAAAGGAAGGGAAGAGAAAAAGAAACAGGAAUGGAAGAAAUGGAAAAGGAAGAGAAGGUUGAAGAAGAAAGGAAGAAAAAGACUUUGGAAGAAAAAACUAGAAUGAAUAAGAAAGAUGAAGAUGCCUCGAAGGAAGAUUUAAGAGAGAGACUGGAAGAGCAUGGUGAAAAGGAAGGGAAGAAUGUUGUGAAAGAAGCACGAAAUAAAAAGACAGAAAAAAAAGAGAUUAGAAAAGAGAAGAAAUUUGAAGGGAAGAAAAGUCUUGAAGAAGAAGACGAGGAUAAUUCUUCUGAUAAAUUGAAGAAGGAAGAGCUUGCUUUAUUGAAGAAGAAUGAGACAAAUGAAAAAGAACAGUUUGUGGCCAGGAGGAAUUUGAAGGUUGGAAAAGAAGUUGGAAGAGAAAAUGAUGAAAAGUUGAGCUUAGCUUCUGUCAAUAAGAAAGCUAUUGAUGAAUUUAAAGAAGUGGAAGAAGGAAAAACGGAGAAAGUUAAGAAUAGUGAGACAAAAAUCAGAAAAGAGUUGGGAGAUGAGAAUGUGAAGAGAAAGAAAAUUAAAGCGGAAGAGAAGAAAGAUACUAAGGAAGAAAGUGUGGAAUGCGAAGAGGAAGAGGAAUCAGCUGAAAAAAGGAAGGAGAGAAAUGAAAAGAAGGAAGAGGUGAAAAUAAAGGAGAGAAGAGACGAGAAGAAAAGUGAAACUAAAAUAGAUAAAGACGAAAGGAAGGAAGAAUCUAAUACCAAGUUAAGAAGGGAAGAUGAUCAAAAGGGAGUUGAUAAAGAAGAAAAAGAAUCGAAGAGUGUAGCUAAAGUAAAAGAUGAGCAAAAGAGAGAUGAAAAAGUCAAGGAAGAAGAAACUAGGUUGAAGAAAGGAAAGGAAAAUGAGCAAAAGAAGGAAGAGAAAAGAGAGGAUGAGAAGAAAAUAAACGAAGAAAAAGACGUGGUGAGAAUGGACGCGGAUAAUACAAAGUUGAGGAGAGAAGAAAAGGAGAAGGUGGAUGAAGAAAAAGAAUCUAAGAGGAUGGCAAAAGGAAAGGAAGAAGAAAAGAGGGAAGAGAAAAUUGAGGAAGAUACAAAAAGGUUAAAGAAAGAAAGAGAUGAACCAAAAGUAGAAGAGAAUAUAGAGGAAGAGACAAGAAGUUUGAAGAAGGAGAGAGAUGAACAAAAGAGGGAAGAGAAGAUUGGGGAAGAGAAAAUCGAGGAGGAUACAAGAGGGUUGAAGAAAGAAAGGGGUGAACAAAAAAGAGAAGAGAAGAUCAUGGAGGAGGAUACAAGAGGGCUGAAGAAAGAAAGAGAUGAACAAAAGAGGGAAGAGAAAAUUGAAGAAGAUUCAAGCUGGUUGAGGAAGGAUAGACAAGAUGAACAAAAGGCGGAUAAGGAAGAGAAAAGGUUAAAGAAGGAAGAUGAGAAAGGGGAAGAAACAACGAGGUUGAAGAAGGAAAAGGAUGAGAAAGUAAAGGAAUCAGAAGCAGAUGACGUAAAGGAAGAGACGUCAAGAAAGACGAAAGGAAAGGAAGAAGUUAAUAAAAGUGAAGAGAAAUUGACAGAAGUGAAGCUUGAUAAAGAAGAGAGACAGGCUUCACUUUCAAGAAAAGAUAAAACAAGGAAAGAAAGUGAUUCAAAAAUAGAGAAGGAAAAGAGGGAAGAAAAUGAGUCGAAGACUACCUUCAAAAAAGAAGAUAAAGAACUUGAUAAAUCGAAGCGAAAGGUUGCCGAAAUAAAAGAUGAUAAAUUGGAUGAAGAAAACGGAAGGAAAAUUGAAAAAUUGUUAAGUGGAAAGGGUGAUGAACAAAUUGAAGAUAGAUUGAAGAAUAUGGAUUUAUCGGCAGAGAAAAGAAUUAUAGAUGAGAAAAUUGAUGAGGAGGAAGGGAGGAAGGAAGAUGUUGAGAAGAAGGAGAAUAGGAAGGAAGGUAGUGAGAAGAUGAGCAGAAAGGAAGAGGAGAGUAAAGGUGACGAGAAGAGGGAUGAGAAACGGAAGGGGGAUGAGAAGGAAGAGAAGAUAGAGAAAAGGAAGAAUGAUGAAGAGAAGAGAGAUGGAGGGAAGAAGGAUGAGGAAGACAGGGAAGCGAAUGAGAAGGAAGACAGAGGGAGGAAUGAGGAAACGAAAGAAGAGAAGAGGGAAGAAAAUAUAAAGAGAAAGAAAUUGGAAGAGGAAGGACUUGAAGAGAUGGAAAAGAAUCGAAGGGGAGAAAAGGAAGAGGAUAAAAAUGUAGAGAAGAAGAAUCUUGAGGACAAUACAAGAACAAAAUCAAGCUUAAAGAGAGAAAGUAAAGAGAUGUUUGAAGAUCUUUCUGAAGAAAUGAGAGAAUUAAGGAAAGACUUGAAUAGUGAAGAAGAACUUCCCAAAAAUAAGAGAAACAAGGCACACCAAGCAAAGACUGUAUUAAUGAAUGAAAAACUCCCUCUAGUUGGAAGGUCAAUCAGCUCUUUAGUACCCAACAAAGUAAAUGAAGUAGAAGAACCAGCAAGUCCCCCAGUUCCAUCCACCAUCAAAUUAGAACAUGGGUGCUUUAUAACCUUCCAGGCAGAAGAGUUAGCCAAUCGCCCAAAGAAUUUUACAGCCCCCUUUGAAUUAGAGAUUGAAGUAGAAUCGUUGGAGAUUUGUGCCGUUAGAUGCUAUCAGGAUGGAUGUACUGGGGCACUUUUUCAUUCACACAAUAAGAGUUGUGUUUUGGGGUAUGAAGAUAAACACUUUUGUGAUUCGAAGCCGAUAAUUAGUCGUUUUCGGCAUCUGGAACAGUUAAAGAAUAUUAAUCCAUUGUGGAUACAUUGUGUUAAUUGCCGUAAGUUUUCGAAUUUUUAUAUCUUCCAGGGAUCAGGAGGAAGAGAGAGGGGAAUCAAGGGGAAGAGAGGAGGGGUCAAGAGGAAGAGGGGGGUAACUGCAUCGAGACAGAAUUGUUCAGACGUGGCUGAGCCUUUAAAACACUGGAAUUUUGUAAAUUGGACCUUCUUAAAUAUGGGCAUUUCGUCUUUAGGUCUUUUGUACGUUGGGCAUUUUGUAUUUUGGGCCUUUUGUAAUUUUACUGUAAUUUGGACAUUUUGA